UGUCGUCUGUCAGUACUGUCACUUGACAGUAGUUGUCAGUUGUCAUUUGUCGGUAAUCGGUUCUUUUCGUCUUGUUGAGGAAUUAGACAAACAUGUCUGCCCACAAGACUUUUAUUAUUAAGCGGAAGCUCGCUAAAAAACUGAAGCAAAAUCGCCCUAUUCCACAAUGGGUUAGAAUGCGUACUGGAAACACUAUCAGAUACAACGCCAAGAGGCGCCACUGGAGAAGGACUAAGCUCAAGCUGUAAGCUGUAGUCUUAACUGAUAGUUAAUAAACACCUAAAAACAC